CAGCGCUGAAGCAGCACCAGAAGCGGUUGUUGGACAGAGGGGAAAGAUGGCGGCGACUAUGCUGAGGUCGCUUUCCAGACUCGGACGUCCUUCAGUGAUUUUAAACACUAGCGUCAGCACUCCCUCGUGUGUUUUGCUUCAGAAGAGGUUGAAGCAAUGGCAGCCAGAUGUAGAGUGGACGGAGCAGUACGCUGGAGCGGUGAUGUAUCCCAGUGCAAUCACUGAGAAAUGGGCACCUCCACCUUGGAAUGAUAAGGACCCACCAGCAGAGAAAGAAGUGUCCAACCUUACCAUCAAUUUUGGGCCUCAGCACCCAGCGGCUCAUGGUGUGCUACGUCUGGUGAUGGAGCUGAGCGGAGAGUCUGUGAAGAAAUGUGACCCUCACAUCGGCCUUCUGCACCGUGGUACUGAGAAACUGAUUGAGUACAAGACAUAUCUGCAGGCACUUCCUUACUUUGACAGACUGGAUUAUGUGUCUAUGAUGUGUAAUGAGCAGGCCUACUCCCUCGCUGUUGAGAAGCUGCUUAACAUUCAGGCUCCACCCCGUGCACAGUGGAUCAGAGUGCUGUAUGGAGAAAUGACCCGUAUCCUGAACCACAUUAUGGGCAUCACCACCCAUGCUCUUGAUAUUGGAGCCAUGACCCCCUUCUUCUGGAUGUUUGAGGAGAGAGAAAAGAUGUUUGAGUUCUAUGAGAGAGUAUCUGGAGCCAGGAUGCAUGCUGCAUACGUCAGACCCGGUGGAGUUCAUCAGGACAUGCCUCUUGGUCUCAUGGAUGACAUCUAUGAAUGGUGCAAGAAUUUCUCUAUUCGUAUUGAUGAAGUGGAGGAGAUGCUGACCAACAAUCGUAUAUGGAAGAAUCGAACUGUUGGCAUUGGUGUUAUUGGAGCAGAGGAUGCACUCAACUAUGGCUUCAGUGGGGUGAUGCUGAGAGGUUCUGGUAUUAAAUGGGAUCUGAGAAAAACUCAGCCUUACGACAAGUACGACGAGGUGGAGUUUGAUAUUGCUGUCGGAAGUAACGGCGACUGCUAUGACAGAUAUCUGUGCCGUAUGGAGGAAAUGAGACAGUCUCUGCGAAUCAUGCAUCAGUGUCUAAACAAAAUGCCCACUGGAGAGAUCAAGGUAGAUGAUGCUAAAGUUGCCCCACCCAAAAGAUCUGAGAUGAAGAGCUCGAUGGAGUCUCUCAUACAUCACUUUAAGCUGUACACGGAGGGCUAUCAGGUUCCUCCAGGAUCCACAUAUACAGCUGUUGAAGCACCAAAGGGUGAGUUUGGUGUGUAUCUGGUAUCUGAUGGUUCUAGUAGACCUUACCGUUGCAAGAUCAAGGCCCCUGGCUUUGCUCAUUUGGCUGGCUUAGAUAAAAUGUCUAAAGGACACAUGCUUGCUGAUGUGGUGGCCAUCAUUGGCACUCAGGAUAUCGUGUUUGGCGAGGUGGACCGUUGAGGAACUUUACUGGCUGCUCCGAGCAUCUAAAUGUGAUCCUAUCUCUGCGAUACAUGCUAGUGAUGUUAUGAAAGACAACGUUUCUUCUAUUUGUCAUUGUGUAAAUGCUUACUAAACCUAAUAAAUAUUUUAAAAAACUUUACC